GGGUCGCAGGCUACCCACGAUAACUCAAUCAUCGAUUUCCUGUGCUUGAUACUUGUACUCGGAUAUACACCAUCUAACGCGUUUACAGGAGUCCAGGUGUUGAUUUUGAUCGACGGACAUGUACAACGGCUUCCAAGCUGAUAGUAAUAACCCGUUCUUGAAUGAUGCUGCCCCCGCACACGCCCGCUUCCCCGAUAUCUCUGCAUCGGCCCAUCCACAGUCGCCGCAGCAGGUAGGCUACCAGUCCUACGACACCGGUUAUCAGCAGCAGCCCCAGUUCCAGCAGCAACAGUAUCCGCAGUUUCAAGGACAGACACCCUCAGGCUAUCAUGAUCAUCAGCCACAGCAAUACCAACAGAGUCAGUAUGCGUCUACGUCGUACGGCUUUGGACAACUUGGCCCACAGUUGACCGGCGUGCCUUUCCAGCCAUCUGGUCAUUAUGGACAACAGCCAAUGUCCCAGCAGCCUUACCAGCAAUAUCCCAACGGAUACCAGAACCAGUAUGCUCAACAGCAACAGCAGCAGCAGCAGCAACAACAUCAACAACAACAGCAACAACAGCAUCAGCAACAGCAACAGCAAUACGGAGGCUACCAGCCUCAGCAGCAAACCCCAAGUUACCUCUCUGAGUUCGACCCAUACGCAUCGCGCCCCACCCCAUCACACAACAGGUCCCAGUCCCAGCCAACUAGCCUUGCGAGCCAGAAUCCUGGCGGCGUGAUGCACCCUCGGGAUUAUAUCCGCCAGCAUAAAGCUGAACUAGAGGCUUGGGAUCCUUACGCGUGGAAGCAGAUGUUUAACGCCUGUGAUGCGCUCAGCGCAGCCUGGCUUACACGCAAGCAAGAGGCGGAGAGGAUGGCGCAGCAGAUGGGUGGGUACGGCGCACCGGGUGUGUUCAAUCCAACAUCUGGUUAUCAGGCGUAUGGCAGCGAACUUCAGAGGUGGCAAGAGACUGUGAAAGAAGCUAACUCAAAUCAUGAUACCAUCGCGGCCUCUGCAUUUCAGCUGAAAGAGGUUCACUCCUCUUAUAGACAGUCAGCAGAUGCUGUGAGCAAGCGACGCGUGCGCGAAUCUUGCAAUGCGGCACUGACGAACUUGCCUGACUGGCCUGCACCAUUAAACGCCAAUCAGCUUUGGUAGAAUCUCUUCACCUCGCUCUGGGAUUAUCAAAGGAAUUUAUGUUUUGGAACUUUACGAUCAUUUACGCGAUAUGCUGUUGUAUUUCCAAGUGUUGUAUUUCUUGAAGCAAAGGUGGCUCUUAUAUACUGAUCUGCGUAGGUGAACAGCUCUUAGACAAAAUCUCAACAUUUUGCCAGUCCGGCCCGACACC